CGUGCCAACGACUGUUAUCAGGGAUUUUUUUAAUGGAUUUUUCUAGAAUAUUUUAAAGAUGUAUUUAGUUACUCAGGCUUUUUUUCUUCUGCUUGGACUAUGGUGGUGUGAAGCAGGCUACGGGAUGUCUGAGCAAGAUGCCCUCUCCGACGUAGAAGCACCCGCAUACGUUCCAGCAUACGCGAAAAACAAACAAUUUGGCACAAAAACCGGAUAUUCCACCAGAACUGGCUACGGCACCAAAACGGGGUACGGUACCAAAACCGGCUACGGUACAAAAACUGGUUAUACAAAGACUGGUUAUGGUACAAAAACCGGGUACGCUGGCACUAAAACCGGAUAUUCGGAGACGAGAACCUGGAACUCGGAAUCUGGAUCAGCCCCUACGUAUCAGGAGGUACAGCACAAUGCUAACCAAAUAUUUGCAGGGCCGAAAUGCGACCCCACCUGCAAGAACAACGGGAUCUGCAUCGACACCAACACCUGCCACUGCCCGGCCAACUUCCAGGGCAAAUGGUGCGAGUUCGAGAAAAAACCCUGUCUCACUUAUCCACCGCUACCCAUGAACUCUAUGAGGAAAUGCAAUGAUGAACUUUGCACAAUAACCUGUUCCGAAGGCCACAAAUUCAUCGACGGCACAACGGUGGCCAAUAUGCGCUGUGUGGACGGGCAAUGGCAGCCGACUCGAGCGGACUUCUCGUCCAUACCUGACUGCGAACCGGAAUGUAACCCGCCCUGCCUCAAUGGCGGUGUGUGUCUGUCAGUUAAUACUUGCCAGUGCCCGCAAGAGUAUAGGGGGCCACAGUGUCAGUACGUAACAUCUGUCUGCGAUUUCCGCAAGCUGUCGUUCAAUGGCAAUUACAAAUGUAAAGGAAACGACGAAGAGUUCUCUUGCCGGCUUAGCUGUCCUGCUGGGGCCGUGGCCUCUUCUACUUUUGCUGACCAGUAUACUUGCUUGUACGCUACUGGAUUGUACUCACCUCAACCGAUCCCACACUGCGUAUUCAAUGACGUCGUUGUCGUCACGCCAAGCAACUACCAAUCGGGAUACAGCAGUAGCUAUUACGAAACUUACUACCACAACGGCAGCGAAAGCCAAAGCCACAGCCAAACUGGCUUCGGCAAAUAUGGCAGCUACCAGAUCAACCACGGGUCAGAGACAGUGGAAUACGGGAAGAAGGGAGGCGGCACCAAAGGCACUAACGUGCAUAUUGUGGUGCAGGACUUUACGCCUAAGGGCGGCACUUGCUUGACCUGGGCUGGCGUGCAUUACAAGACUUUUGACGGGAAAAUCUAUAGCUUCGCGUCUUCAUGUCAACACAUCCUUGUACAAGACGCGAAAGAACACGAAUUCACCGUGGCUGUGAAGCAGGGAACCUGUCAGAGGAAAGACUACUGUCCUCUAGAACUGACCAUCUACUUGGAAGACAAGCCAUACGUGCUUUCCGCUGGGGAAGAAGAAGGCACAGUGCUGUUCCGUAGCACGCGCCGCCUGAUCCCGAUCCCAGCCUCACUGCCGGGCAUUCGCGUGUCAAUGCCGGGAGACUAUGUCGUUGUGAACUUAGAUGCUAUCGGGGUUAUCAUCAAAUGGGAUACCAACAACGUGGUACUCGUAGAAGGCUCAGUGCUUCUAUGGAACAACACCCAAGGUCUUUGCGGACGACUAGACGGCAAUCCAGAGAACGACUUCACAACGAAAGAGGGCACCAUCGCUAAGACCAAAUCUGUCCUGGCUUCAUCCUGGCAGAUCAAGAAGAUCGGAGACAUUUGCGACAGUUCGCCCUCUGAACCGAACGCUUGCGCAACCAAGACCCAAGACGAGUUGAGGAAAGCACAGACGUUCUGCACCAACGUUUUUAUCAAGGAGAAGUUCAGGAAAUGCUCUAGCGUAAUGGACGUGACUCAGUUGCUAGAGACGUGCGUGUGGGACUACUGCGCAUGCACGUCUGGUUUGAGUCCGGAGGAGUGUGCCUGCAACACAGUGUCUGUGUACGCGAAGGAGUGUCAACGACUCGGCGUCAAGGAGAUGAAGGACUGGAGAGACACUGAGACCUGCCCAAUGAAAUGCCCAGAAGGCAAGAUCUACAAGUCCUGCGGCCCAGAUGUGCAGCCCAGCUGUCAGUUCUCCAACCCCUCACCACCCGACGCUAACACCUGCGUAGAGGGUUGCUUCUGUCCUGAGGGUUUACUUCUAGAAGCUGGGAAAUGCGUGCCUAAAGAAGAAUGCCCAUGUAGACUUAGGAACAAGAGCUUCAAGCCUGGGAAGACGGUGAAAAAGGAUUGCAACACUUGCACAUGCCAAGCCGGCGAAUGGACCUGCACAGCUGUCCCCUGCGGCGCGCGCUGCGGAGCCGUCGGAGACCCUCACUACACCACCUUCGAUGGACUGCGUUACGACUUCAUGGGACACUGCACCUACACUCUACUGCAGGCUGAGAACGUGACUGUUGAGGUGGAAAAUGUGGCGUGCGCGGGCAGUAUUAGCGAGGAAAUGAACCUAACGCCUUUCAAGGGCGAAGGGCAGCCGUCCUGCACAAAAGCCGUCAACCUCAAGUACCACGGACUGGAUCUUCACCUGAAGCAGGGAGGCUUGGUGCUGGUGAAUGGGAAGGAAGUGGCAACAUUGCCGGUGCAUGUUGGUGAAGUGUUGAUCAGAGCUGCUUCGUCACUCUUCCUUAUUGUGCAACUUCCCAACGGAAUCGAUCUAUGGUGGGAUGGCAACACCAGAGUUUUUGUUGACAUACCACCAACAUUCCACGACAAAACUAAGGGUCUCUGCGGCACCUUCAACCUGAACCAAAAAGACGACUUCCUAACACCAGAGGGCGAUGUCGAACAGACCGCUCUCGCGUUCGCCAACAAAUGGAAGACGAGGGAACUUUGUACAGAUGUGGAUGUGAAGGAACCGGAGCAUCCUUGUAAAGCUAAUGUGCAGAAUAAAGAAAGUGCGGAGAAGUAUUGUAGCAAGUUGAAGAGCAAAUUAUUUGAACCUUGUCACUGGCACGUCUCAGUGGACCCCUAUUACGACGAAUGCGUUUACGAUAUGUGCGCAUGCGCGGGCGACGCGUCCAAGUGUCUCUGCCCCAUCCUUGGAGACUAUGCUAUGGCCUGCGCGAAGAGCGGCGUGGAAAUACAGUGGAGAUACAAUGUCAAAGAAUGUGAAUUGUCAUGUACCGGCGGACAGGAAUAUACCGUAUGUGCUGACAGUUGUCAGCGAACAUGUUCUGACGUCGCUCUGUCAGCGCGUGGGCAAUGUAAACCAUGCUGCGUGGAGGGCUGUGCUUGUCCCGUUGGUCAGGUAUUGGACAGCAAUAACGUUUGCGUGCCAGUGGGGCUAUGCCCCUGCUUCCAUAAAGGCAUGCAGUUCGAUUCCGGAUACAAGGAGGUCAGAGCAGGUCGCAGGGAGAGAGAACUUUGCACUUGCGUCGGUGCACGUUGGGAAUGCGUCCCGGCAACGCCUUAUGACAUUCAGAACUACCCUCCAGCAGAGGACCUGCGUAGCAACUGCAGUGCUGCCAACCACAUGGAAUUCACUACUUGUGAAGUUGCAGAGCCUCUGACGUGCAAGAAUAUGCAUCUACCGCCAUCAACAACCACUAAAGAAUGCCGGCCAGGCUGCCAAUGCAAGAAGGGAUAUGUGCUAGACGCGAGUAGUAACAAAUGUGUACUGGCGACAGAAUGCCCCUGCCACCACGGCGGGCAGAGCUUCCCAGACGGCCAUGAAAUGCAAGAAGAAUGCAAUAAAUGUAAAUGUACGAACGGCAACUGGGUCUGCACAGACCUCAAAUGCCCAGGCAUCUGCUCAGCGUGGGGCGACUCGCAUGUGACAACCUUCGACGGCAAAGAGUACGAGUUUGAGGGGGUCUGCACAUACCUACUGGCUAAGGGCAGCGCUGACGCUAGUGACGGAUUUGAAGUGCAAAUACAGAACGCCCCAUGCGGCACGACCGGCGCGACAUGCUCUAAAACGGUGACCCUAAAAGUCGGUAGCGGGAAGAACGAGGAAAUAGUCGAGCUCACCAAGGACGCACCUCUGCCGGACUUUUCCAAACCAGAGAGAAUAAAGCUCCGCAUCGCUGGUAUCUACGUGUUCCUCGAUGUACCGAGUUUGGGCAUGAGCCUACAGUGGGACCGCGGCAUGCGUGUCUACGUCAAAGUGGACUCAAUGUGGCGUAACAGAGUGAAGGGUUUGUGUGGCAACUACAACUCAGACUCACGAGACGACUUCCAAAAACCUGAGGGUGGCAUCGCCGAGUCAUCUGCCCUGAUCUUCGCUGACUCUUGGAAACUGAAGCCAACUUGCCCUAAACCUGUGGCUGUUGAGGACCACUGCCGCCAACGCCCCGAACGCAAAGACUGGGCCACCAACUCUUGCGGUGCUCUCAAACAGCACCCCUUCACACUCUGUCACACUGAGGUCCCCCCCACACCCUUCAUAGAACAGUGCGAGCGAGAUGCCUGCGCGUGCGACUCGGGAGAUGACUGCACUUGUGUGUGUACAGCGUUAGCAGCGUACGCUCAUAGAUGUGCCACUAGAGGCGUUGUUUUCAAGUGGAGGACGAAGGACAGAUGCCCAAUCCAAUGCGACGAGACUUGCGCCACCUACGACCCGUGCAUAUCGCCGUGUCCGGAGGAAACCUGCGAGAACACCUACUACUACAAGGAAAUACUGCCCAUUUGCCAGCGAGACACUUGCGUUGAAGGUUGCAAACCAAAGCCUGAGGAAAAGAAGCAGUGUCCAGAAGGCCAAAUUUCCUUCAACCUCACUUCAAAUGAAUGCGUGUCUCGCGGCCGUUGUAAACCCGUCUGCAUGACGUUGCCUGACGGUACACAAAUAUUGGAGGGAGAGGUGAUAGAACAGGACGCUUGCCACACUUGUCGGUGUUCUAAGAAAGAGAGAAUCUGUAUGGGCUUUAUGAUCGAACAGGACACUUGCCACACUUGUCGGUGUUCUAAGAAAGAGAGGAUCUGUACUGGGCUGCCUUGUUCUACUGAGGCACCAACACCCCCGCCAAUAGUGAUAACAACUCCCCAUGACGAAGGCCUGAAGUGUGUCACAGGCUGGACGCCCUGGAUCAACCGAGGCCCACCAGAGACGACCUCCGAUGGACAUUCAGUAGAUAAGGAACCUCUACCAAAGUUCAAUGAAAUGACGCCUUGGAUCAAGAAAAUGCUGUCGAGUCAAAAAGCUUUAUCCAUGUUCAACAUAUCAAAUCGGCCAGCCAAUGUGCGGAAGGCGAACAUGACUCGCAUCAAAUGCCGCACCACAGUGAACCACCAGGCUCCCAAAGACACCGGUCUGAACGUGGAGUGCAGUUUGGAGAAGGGUCUCGUGUGCAACGAGGUUGGAAACACUUGUCCCGACUUUGAGAUACAAGUGUGGUGCCAGUGCGAAGAGGAAGACGACGAGAAAGGUCGCCAUCUCCCCGAGCCAACAAAACCUCAAAACGAAGAAGAAGGUGGCGAAGUGUUCCAAUGCCUCAACUCCAACCAUCCGAACUACCCUCACCCCAGCGACUGCAGCAAAUUCUACGAAUGUACCCCCGAAGUACUGAACCCUUCGAAACCCCAUGCGGUUCUCAAGUCGUGUCCUCCAGGGCUUAUGUAUAGUAAGAAGCUGAUGAUUUGCGACUGGCCCGCCAGCGUUAUUGCGGACAGGCCUGAAUGUGGUGCAGCCACAACGCCUACACCGAUCACCGCUACAACGCCGAGCGGAUGCCCUCCCGGACAAGUGUUCAAGAAGUGCGCGUACCCUUGCGAUAGCCUGUGCGACCACUUCAAGAUGGCCGUCGUGAAGAAAGGACAGUGCAAGUUUGGAGAGAAAUGCAUUGAAGGAUGUGUGGACAAGUCGGUAGCUAAUAUAAAAUGCGAGUUUUCAUCGCGCUGGCGCGACGAGAAGACGUGUGUGCCGCUAAAAGACUGCACCUGCGAUUAUGAAGGAAAAAUUAUCAAGCCUGGUGGUGUAGUCAACGAGCAAUGCAAGAAAUGCCAAUGCCUCGACAACGCUCUCCACUGCGAUACCAGCGAAUGCGUCUCCGUAAGCGUACCUCCAGGGCCGUCACAUCUCCCCAUGAUAUUCCCUACUCCUGCCACUCGACCUACCACAACUACCACUAUGGUGCCUUUGAUUGUGAAAACUACGGUGUCACCGCCGCCGGAAUGUAGCCCAGAAAGAUACAAGAAUCUACUGUGGCAAGGGGACGAGCCACUCCCUGCCUCAUCAUUCCUUGCUAGUUCUGUGGACAGCGAGCAUUUCGAGCCUCAAUACGCCAAGCUUAACGGCAAGGCUGAAGGAGAUUCUGGAGGAAGCUGGCUAGCCGCCAACCAAGACACAGACCAGUUCAUUCAAGUAGAGCUACCUACCGCCCAGCCGAUAUACGGAGUGAUCUUGCAAGGCAGCCCGAUAUAUGACCAAUACGUCACUAGCUAUGAGGUCAUGUAUGGUGAUGAUGGUCAUGUGUUUUCCUAUGUGGAGGGACCGAAGGGAGACAGACAGGUAUUCCGAGGCCCGGUGGACCACGUCGGUGCAGUGAAGCAAAUGUUCACGCCUCCGAUCGAAGCGAAGUUCGUGCGAGUCAGGCCUCUGACUUGGCACGACAAUAUCGCUGUACGCUUCGAACUGAUUGGCUGUGCAGAACUUACCACUACAACUAGUACUACUGUCGCUACCACGCUGGAACCUUUGCAAUGCACAGAGCCUCUUGGUCUAGCAGCUGACCUGCCCGUUGACAGCAUCGAAGUGAGCUCUAACAGCGAAGAUAGGAAGUACUUCGCACUCUCAGGGGAGCGGGGGUGGAGGCCUUUGUACAGCACGCCUGGAGAAUGGAUCAUGUUCGACUUCACUGCCCCGCGCAACAUUACUGGCAUCAAGACUAAAGGCGGCGUCAAUGACUGGGUGACAGCCUACACCGUCAUGUAUACAUCCGAUCUAUCUACUUUCCACCCCGUGGUUGACGCGUCCGGUGCGCCUGCGACCUUCCCUGCCAACUUUGACAGAGAUAGUGUAGUGACCACAGAGUUCCGCCCACCCAUUAAAGCUCGCUACCUCAAAGUCUUGCCUGCCAAGUGGAAGAAUAAUAUUGAAAUGAGAAUCGAACCUAUAGGCUGCUUUGAACCGUACCCAACACAACCGACAACGCUCGAGCCCCUGCUGCACGGAGCCGCUCGGUCUAGCCGCGAUCUCCCCGUUGAGAGUAUCGAAGUGAGCUCCAAGAGCGAAGAUAGGAAGUACUUCGCACUCUCAGGACAAAGGGGAUGGAGGCCUUUGUACAGCACGCCUGGAGAAUGGAUCAUGUUUGACUUCACAUCUCCUCGCAACAUAACGGGCGUUAAGACAGCGGGAGGUCCGAACGGCUGGGUGACGGCAUACACCAUAAUGUACACCUCCGAUUUAAGUACUUUCACCCCAAUUGUGGACGAUGCCGGCGCACCUCAACUCUUCCCCGCUAAUUUCGACAGAGACAGUAUUGUCACCACGGAGUUCCGUCCUCCCAUACACGCGCGGUACCUGAAGGUGCUACCGGCCAAGUGGAAGGACAACAUCGAGAUGAGAGUCGAACCUAUAGGCUGCUUUGAACCUUAUCCGAUCCCAACAACUACUCUCGCGCCCCUCCAAUGCACUGAACCCCUUGGACUUGCGGCCGACCUCCCCAUUGAGAGCAUCGAAGUAAGCUCUAAAAACGAGGAUAGGAAGUACUUCGCACUCUCAGGAGAGCGGGGGUGGAGGCCUUUGUACAGCACACCUGGAGAAUGGAUCAUGUUCGACUUCACUGCCCCACGCAACAUCACCGGCGUCAAAACUAAAGGUGGUGUCAAUGGAUGGGUGACCGCCUACAACAUCAUGUACACAUCCGAUCUGAGCACUUUCAACCCAGUAGUGGAUGAUACUGGCGCUACAAAGAUGUUCCCCGCGAACUUUGACAGGGAUACCGUGGUCACUACGGAGUUCCGUCCUCCCAUACACGCGCGUUACUUGAAGGUGCUCCCGGCCAAGUGGAAGGACAACAUCGAGAUGAGAGUCGAGCCUAUAGGAUGCUUCGAACCUUAUCCGGCAACAUCGCCCAAGCCCACACUCUCGCCUUACAUCCCCACUACCGAAGCCUGCGUACUCUGCCCUGGAAUACAAUCGGCUACUUGCGACUGCCACAACGGCACUGCCAAGUAUUUCGACGGCGACGGCUGCGUCACUAGAGACCAGUGCCCGUGUGUUGAGGGCUUUAUGACGUACGCUGUUGGCUCUUCCUUCCGCGGUACCAACUGCGACGAGUGUGUAUGCAAACUGGGCGGCGUGACGGACUGCAAGCCCGUCAAGGAGUGCAAAUGUGCUUCGGACCUAGUACCAAAACUGACAUCAACCUGCGAAUGCCUCUGCGAACCCUGCCCUGUGGGCACCAAGAUCUGCCCAACAAGCAAGUUCUGUCUUGACAUCAAGAAGUGGUGCGACAGCCUCCAAGACUGCCCUGAUGAUGAGAGAGACUGCGCUACACCACUGCGCCGUGGGGUGACCACUGUGGAGCCUCCGGUGGUGACCACUGUCGUUGCGACGGUCGCUGCCACUGUACCUACUACUACCGUCAAACCAAUCGAAUGCGAAGAAGUGAAAUGCCCGCCAGGCUAUCUAGUCCGACUGAUCGCGUCCCGCUACACAAGUUCUUCCACAUCUGAUCUCCCCCCACCCCGCCCCAGACAGUCUUACAGGAGAUACCAGACUGGAUAUGCUAAGGGAGGGACCAAGGGGGGAUACGCGAAGGGUGGUUACUCAAAGGGUGGAUAUGCAAAGGGUGGAUUUGCCAAAGGUGGAUAUGGUGGUGGUUCAUCACAAUCCCAAAGCUUCACCCUCGACAAGGCGACCCUGCCAACCGUCGCUCCGAACACCACUAAAGAGUGCCAGCAGUUCCGCUGCGUCCCGAAGUUGCCUCCCCUCCGCCCCGGCGUCACCCGCGCCCCGCUCAUCUGCUCCACCCCCGUGUGCCCUCCGGCGUACUCGCUAAGAUUGGAAGCGGUUGCUGCAGCCAAUGAAUGCCCGCAAUACGGCUGCGUGCCUCCGCCUGAGCGUCCAGUUUUCUGCAACGUCACCGGACGCACGUUCAACACCUUCGACGGCUCGGAGUACAAAUACGACAUCUGCUAUCACAUGUUGGCGAGGGAAACCACCUUUGGAGACUGGACGAUCAUCCUGCGCAAGAAAUGUCGCGUCGACGGCUGUUCCAACCAACUCCUAGUCAGCCAGGAUGAUCAGCUGAUCUUAGUCAAACCAAACCUCAUGAUAGAGUACGAUAACUUCGAAUACACAGUCGAGCAGACGAAUGAGAUCUGCUUCCAGAAGAAUAGUUUUGAUAUCAGCAAGUUAGGGAACGGACUGGCGAUCAAGAGCAGGAAAUAUAACUUUGUGGUGCUGUAUAAUACUGAUGGGGAUGUCAAAGUUGGGGUUUACAAAUCUCAUGUUAACCACGUGGACGGUCUCUGCGGCUUCUACGAUGGAAUAGCCUCCAACGACCGCCGAAUGCCCAACGGCGCUCAAGCGUCCAGCGUCGACGAGUUUGGACGCAGCUGGGCCAAACCGGGACUCUCACCGAAGGCUUGCGAGACUAAAGUUAUUCCGCCUGAGAAGCAAAGCGAGCUUGGGAGCUGUGUGACGUGCGCUCAAGCGUCAAGCGUCGACGAGUUUGGACGAAGCUGGGCCAAGCCUGGACUGUCGCUGAAGGCUUGCGAGACUAAAGUUAUCCCGCCUAAGAAACAGAAGCGAGCUUGGGAGCUGUGUGACGUCAUCACGAAGGAACCCCUCUCGAAAUGCUCCAAGGUCCUCAACCUGGACUUAUGGCGCAACAUUUGCUUGGAGAAACUGUGCAAGUGCACAGAACUGAUGGUCGACGGCAGACAACGUACUGAAGAGGAAUGCCGAUGUCUACUGGUUGAAAAGAUGGUCGCUGAAUGUCUAGCAGCCGAUAAGGACUUGGACAUUGCGGCGUGGAGAAUGAAUUUGAAUUGUCCCGCGGACUGCCCAGCCCCUCUCGUCCACUACGAUUGCUACAGCAAGACUUGCGAGCCAACAUGCUCCACGAGCAGCAACCGACAAACUUGCACGACACAACCUGGAGCCUGCUUCCCUGGCUGCUACUGUCCUGAGGGGAAACUGAGGAAGGGGGACAAGUGUGUCACACCGCAGGAGUGCUUGGACUGCAACUGCCACGGUUUGGGCUCACCAGCUCAAUACACUACUUUUGAGGGAGACGACAUGCCAUUCCUCGGUAACUGCACGUAUCUCGCUUCUAGAGACAGGAACGAAACGGGACUGCAUAAGUACGAGGUGUACGCUACAAACGGACCCUGCGAAGGAAAAGCCGUCGCUACCUGCACCAAAGCAGUGCACGUCGUUUAUGAGAAGAACGUCAUCCACGUCACCAAGGAUCCCGUCACUAAGAAGCUGGUGACGAGCUUUGGCAAUACCGUGGUGUACAAGUUCCCCGUGAAGAAGGACUGGGUGACCGUCAGCGUGGUCAACAAACAGGACGUUGUCAUCAAACUGCUCGACGCGUAUAUGGAGUUAACAGUUCUGCAGGCCAAGAUGGAGUUUGGCAUCCGCGUGCCUUCGCACGUGUACGCUAAUGCCACGGAGGGAUUAUGUGGAGUCUGCGCUGGUUACCAAGAGGCAUUAGUCACGAGCAAUGGAACUCUCACAGGAGACUUUGAACUGUACGGCAAGAGUUGGCAAGCCACCCCGACUGCACUUACCACCCUGGGUAUGUCUCCACAAGACCAGUGCGACCAGCCACCGCCGCCAGAACCCGAGUGUGUCCCGCCGCCGGCUGACCAGAACGUCUGCUACAACCUCUUCGACAAGGACAAGUUUGGACAGUGUCACGCUUUAGUGGACCCGCAACCGUUCUUAGAAGCAUGUGAGAAGGAUAUCUGCGAAAACGCCACAGACUUAUGCUCGACACUGGAGAACUACGCCAGCGCCUGCCGCAGACAGGGAGUCUGUCUCGACUGGACACCAUUCGUGUACCGCCCGUGCGUGGACUGUGAGCAGACCUGUGAGAACCACGACGAGUUGAGAAAGGACCCCAAGAAGUGUGACAAGAAACCGGUGGAGGGCUGCUUCUGUCCUGAAGGAAAGGUUCGAGUAGAGAACAGCUGUAUAGAACCAACGAAAUGUUUCCCUUGCGAUGCCAACAAGGAACAUUAUGCAGGAGACGAGUGGCAAGAAGACGCGUGCAGCAAAUGCACGUGCAGCAAGUUGGAAGGCGAGCGCGUCGCGCACGUGUCGUGCACGAAAAUGACGUGCUCCAUACCCGUGUGCGCGAUGGGAGAGGAACUGCUUACCACGCCGAAGACGGGCGCUUGCUGCCCGGAGUAUUUGUGCGAUGCUUUUAAGCAGGCAGUAAUAUCACCUAUACAUAAGGACGGGAACAGAGACGAUGUUAAUAACUAUCGACCAAUCUCGAUUCUACCAGCGCUUUCUAAGCUCCUGGAGAGGCUUAUGAACACUCGCCUGGUGAAAUAUCUCGAAAGUAAUAAUAUCCUCUCACCUAACCAAUAUGGGUUCCGCAAAGGUAGGUCAACGGAGGACGCGGUGAACUCAAUAACCAGUAUGAUUGCUAGACAUCUAGAUAACAAAAAGAAGUGCACCGCAGUCUUCCUUGACCUCGCCAAGGCCUUCGACACCGUCUCUUACAAAAACCGCAAAAAUUGUGUGAAGAACCUAAUUAGUUCUAGCUUCAUUUCAUACCAUGGAAUGUGGAUACGGCCAAAUAUUUCUAAAAAACCGCAAAAAUUGAAGACGACGCCCAACGGAUGCAAGGAGUUCGCCUGCGAAUGUAAACCAGUCAGCGAAUGCGAGCACAUCCCAACGGACAGCGAGGUCGAGAUUAUGCCGGGCAUGCAGCGCAUCAUAGACAAUAGCGGCUGUUGUCCGAAAGCACAACUACUCUGUCGUCCGGACACCUGCCCUGAUCCUAUAACGUGUCCGCUCCAUCACACGCGUCGCGUCGUUAAUAACACGGGCGCCUGCUGUCCGGAUUAUAAAUGCGAACUACCUGCCGAUAAAUGCCUGGUGACUUUAGAAUGGGAGGCAGCUUCUAAAGGCGGUGAAAAGGCUCGCUCCACACCACAAACCAUGCUGAAAGAUCUGGACUCGGCGUGGCUGGACGGGCCGUGCCGCUCGUGCCGCUGCGAGCCCUCCCCCCCCGGCCCCACCCCUCGCUGCGCCGUCACCGACUGCCCCCCGCUCGGCGCCGGGGACCAGUUCGUACUGGAACCCAGACCUGUGCCUUUCGCGUGCUGCCCCGUGUCCGCUCAAGUGGCGUGUCGGGCCGGCGACACCGUGUACAGAGUGGGUGAAAACUGGACUAACCCUCACGACGUAUGCGAAUCUUAUCAGUGCGUACAAAUAGAGGACGGCAAAUUAGAGAAGGUCACAACGGUGCAGACCUGCCCUACGGACUGCGAACCGGGUUGGAAGUACUUCCCCGCUGAACCCUCGAGCGGGCAGUGUUGCGGCAAAUGUAAGCCAGUGGCUUGCGUGUGUACUGGCGUUGAAAGACCCAUUGGUACAACUUGGCAGUCUCCGGACUUGUGUACGAACUAUACUUGUGUGCUGGCUGAUGGCAAUCUGCAAGUUCAAACUUCAAACGAGACCUGCCCUGAAGUCCCCGUGGCCUUGAAGAAGCAGUUCGUUAUGAAGGAAGAAAAGCCAGCUGGCAAGUGCUGCAAGACGCAGGAGCCUGUUGCGUGCCGAGUGGGCAACGAUAUCUAUCAGGAGGGCCAAACCUGGCAGUCGCCAGACCCGUGCAAGAACUUCACUUGCGCCCGCGACGGCACCGGCCGACUGGCACACUCGCCUAACGUGGAGACUUGCACGACGACUUGCAAGCGAGGAUGGAAAUACGUGACGCCAGCCCCUGGUGUGUGCUGCGGACAUUGCAGGCAGGAGCAGUGCGUGGUGGAAGAUGAGUUGAAGGACGCAGGUUCAACCUGGAAAUCUCCCGACAACUGCACAACGUACACCUGCGAGCGAAGCGGCGAAGACCUGCUGAUGACGUCAUCGCGUGUUCCGUGCUCCGACGUGACGUCAUGCGCGCCGGAGGACCUAGUUAAUGAGACCUGCUGUACCGUGUGCAAGGAGAAACCCGCCGCUCUCAAAACGUGCUACCCCGAAGAAAUACCACAACCGGAGACAGUGGGCCUGAUCAGAGUUACUUUACGUCCCCACGGCGUCUGCGUAAACUCGGCUCCAGUGCCAGGCUUCCGAGAAUGCAGAGGCUCAUGCCAUUCUGGCACACUUUACAAUAAUCAGACAGGCAGCCACGACUCCCAGUGCGAGUGUUGCCAGGCGACCAAAUACACGAAAGUGACCGCGUCGCUGCGCUGCGAGGACGGAAGCACGCAGCCUCACGUGGUCGCGUCGCCGCUCGAGUGUGGAUGUCGUGCUUGUGGCGACACUGUGUCUAAAUAUCCUACGAAGACUGGGUAUGGAGUUAAAAAUGGAGUGAAAACGCCGCCGAAACGGGAAGAGUACGACUACGAUAUCCCGGAGAUCUACGCGAGAAUGGCGCCCGAAUCUCGACGAUAAACAUUUCGAGAAAAAAUCGAGGAAUUCUGAGAAAUCAUUUUCG